AUCCACUCUUGCUUAAAAAAUUUCCAUAAUUUCUGCUUCUCUCUCUUUCCCUUGCUUUCUCGCCAUUCUCAAAAAUCAGGAAGCAAUUCGUGUUCGUUUGAUCAUAGGCCUGUCUGAUAUAUACACACUUCUUGCAGGAAUCUAAACCAGCAAAUCAUUUUUACAUUGGAGCGGUUAACAAAGUUUGAAUUUUAAGUUGAAGUUACUGCACUUGUUGUCGAAUCUUGAUGUUCGAGGAUGGAGGUUGUUUCUUGGGUUCUUGCCGUUUGCUGUUUCGGGAUUUUAAGGUUGUCUGCGUCGCAGCAGGUGCCGCGAGAAGAAGUGGAUGCUCUUCAACAAAUUGCGUCAGAGAUUGGCGUGAAGUACUGGAAAUUUGAUGCUAAUUUAUGCGAAGCAGAGAUGCUUGGGGCUUCGCCUGUUCCUCCACGUGGCUCUGAAGGUUAUGUCGAAUGUAACUGCAAUUAUGACAACAACACUGCCUGCCAUGUUACCAUAAUUGUGAUUAAAAGUUAUGAUCUCACGGGAGUUCUUCCGCCUAGCAUUGUGAAGCUUCCAUACCUUCAACAUGUUGAUUUUGCUUACAACCUUCUCACCGGUACAUUUCCGAAAGAAUGGGCUUCAACUAAGUUAGAAUUCAUUUCUGUACUUGUAAAUCGUUUAUCAGGGCCAAUACCGGAGUUGCUGGCGAACAUAUCUAGCCUCACAUACUUGAACCUAGAGGCGAACCAAUUUUCAGGUGCUAUUCCUCCUGAUAUUGGGAGGUCGACUGGCUUAAAAACUUUGAUUUUGUCUUCCAACCAAUUAACCGGUGAAAUCCCGACAUCUUUUGGUGAUCUUACAAACUUAACUGACUUUAGAGUAAAUGAUAACAACUUAAGUGGAAGAAUACCGAACUUCAUUCAGAACUGGAAACAGCUGAGUAAGUUAGAAAUGUUCGCUAGCGGACUGGAGGGCCCUAUUCCCUUCAACAUAUCUCUUCUGAGCAUGCUAACUGACUUGAGGAUUAGUGAUCUAAAAGGUCCAGCACAGGAAUUUCCGAUUCUAAGGAGCACCACAAGCCUGGUAACAUUGAUUUUAAGAAACUGUAACAUUACUGGAGAAAUCCCCACGUAUAUUUGGAGACUGAGACUUCUGACAAUGCUGGAUGUCAGUUUCAAUAAGAUAGUCGGGGAGAUUCCAAAUCGCAUUGCAAGAAAUCUGAAACUUGUGUUUGUUACUGGUAACAUGCUGAGUGGAAGAAUACCCGACUCGCUCUUGAAGGAUGGAAGCAAUAUUGACCUUUCUUACAACAACUUUACCUUGCAAGGUCCCGACGACCCUACAUGCCAAACGAACAUAAAUAGAAAGGUAACCUUGUUCAAAGGCACAUCGACAACAAACACAUUAAGUCGGAUUCUUCCGUGUGCUAAGGAAGUCGUCUGCCCGAAAUAUAGAUGUUCUUUACACGUCAAUUGUGGCGGGGAGGAUUUGAUCACCAAAGAAAACAAUAGGAGAGUUACAUAUGAAGGAGAUACCGGAGGCGAUGUUGCAAGAUAUUUAAGUGAUAAGAACUGGGGAUUUAUUAGCUCGGGCGACUUCCUCGACGAACCUAUUUAUCAAAAUUCACGUGUGAUCACAAUCACAUCAGGAUCGAACCUCUCUGGCUUAUACAGUUCGGCUCGCCUUAGCCCUCUUUCACUUACCUAUUUCCAUUAUUGCUUGGAGAAUGGGAGUUAUAAUGUGAGCCUGCACUUUGCUGAAAUACAUUUUGCGAAUGAAAGUUCGUAUUACAGUCUAGGAAGGCGGAUGUUUGAUAUAUAUAUCCAGGAGAAAUUAGUUUGGGAGAAUUUCAACAUCGAAGAUGAAGCUGGUGGAGCUAGAAGACCUGUGGUUGAGUUUUUCAAUGUCACGGUAUCGGAUGGUACAUUGGAAAUCCGAUUUUAUUGGGCUAGUAAAGGUACUAUUCGAAUUCCCAACCGAGGGGAUUAUGGCUCUCUUGUAUCGGCUAUUUCCGUCAAUCCAAAUUUCAAAGUUUGCGUAGACGGUAGUAGCAAGAAUGUAGCUGCUUUUGUAGUGCCCGCCGUCUUGGCAGUAUUCGUUAUUUUUGCAGUACUUUUCAUCCUUUGGUGGAAUGGCUGGUUUGGAAACCGAAAAGGAUUUAGAGGUUUCGAAGGACUUGAACUGCAAACAGUUGCUUUUACCUUGAAACAAAUUAGAGUUGCGACUAACAACUUCGAUGCUGCGAACAAGAUUGGAGAAGGUGGUUUCGGUCCAGUGUACAAGGGUCGACUUCCCGAUGGUACUGUAAUAGCUGUAAAGCAGCUGUCGUCGAAAUCAAGGCAAGGUAAUCGAGAGUUUUUAAAUGAGAUCGGCAUGAUUUCUUGCUUGCAACACCCGAAUCUUGUGAAGCUGCACGGAUGCUGCAUCGAAGGAGAUCAGUUGCUAUUGGUGUACGAGUAUAUGGAAAACAACAGCCUCGCCAACGCUUUGUUUGGUUCGAAGGAAAGCCAGUUGAUCCUAGACUGGCCAACAAGGUUUCGGAUCUGCCUGGGAAUCGCCAAAGGAUUAGCAUUUCUUCACGACGAAUCGAGGCUGAAGAUUGUUCAUCGCGACAUUAAAGCUACUAAUGUGCUGCUGGAUAAAGACCUGAAUCCUAAAAUAUCCGAUUUUGGCCUGGCGCGGCUUAAUGAAGACGAAAAUACACAUAUUAGCACGAAAGUUGCAGGAACAAUAGGAUAUAUGGCGCCGGAAUAUGCACUGUGGGGGUAUUUAACCGACAAAGCAGACGUUUACAGCUUCGGGGUUGUGAUGUUGGAAAUUGUCAGCGGCAAAAGCAACAACAAUUACAUGCCGAGUCACAACUUCAUUUGCCUUCUAGAUUGGGCUAGUCACUUGCAAGAAAGCAAGAACAUAGACGAGCUCAUCGAUGAAAGGCUAGGAUCUCGAAUCGACAAAGAGGAAAUUGAAAAGAUCGUGAAAGUAGCGCUACUCUGCACGAAUGCGACUGCUUCGAUCAGGCCAACGAUGUCUGAAGUCGUGCAGAUGUUCGAAGGGCAAAUGGCGAUCCCGGAUGUCGUCGCGGAGGGAAGUUCGUACACGAACGACGUGAGAUUUAAAGCCAUGAAAGACUUCCAUCGAGAGAAGCAGAAUCAGAGCUCUACAUGGAGCUUAACACAGUCCCAAAUCCAGUAUUCGACGACCAUACAGACAGAUGCCAAUUACUAUGCUUCAUCGACCUCUCGCACUAACUAAAUCGAUAAUGUUACCAUGUAUAUCAUGUUCUUGAUUUUCCAUAUGUAAGUUUGUGUAAAUGAAUCACGAUCCAAGUUGCUGUCGGAAUAUUGUAGAUUCUUUGCGGAAAUAUCUUGGUGUGUAAAUAUUAUAGGACUUCUUUACUUAAAAAUGUGAUGUAACUUCGAACAGCUCUCAGAAUAGAAAUAAAUACUAAACCUGACAUUGUAGCAAGUGUGAAACAAAUUUGUUG